AUGGCGGCGCGCGGCGCCAUCCCCGCGGCCAAUGGGCGCGCGCGGGGGGCGGGCGCGCGGCUCGGUGCGGGCUCGGCUGAGGGAGCGGGGCGGAGGAGACUUGGCGGAGUUGGAGCGCGGCGCGGCCCCCCCUCGCCCCCGCCUCACGCACCCGCCCCGGCCGGCCCUGCCCGCCCCGCGCGCUCCGCGUCCCGCCGGGGCCCGCCCGGGGACACCCCCAUGGCUCCCCAGAAGCACGGUGGAGGUGCGGGGCCCAGCUCGGGCUCCGCUGGCGGCGCCGCCGGAGGAGGAGGAGGAGGAGGAGGUGGAGGAGGCGGCGGCGGGUUCGGGGGCUCCGCCGCGGCGGCGGCUCCCGGCGGCAAAUCCGGCGGUGCCGCGGGCGGCGGCGGCGGGGGCGGCGGGUACUCGGGAGGCUCCUCGGCCUCCUCGGCGGCAGCAGCGGCGGCGGCGGCGGCGCUGCCCCCCGUGAAGAAGCCGAAGAUGGAGCAGAUCCAGGCCGACCACGACCUCUUUCUUCAGGCCUUCGAAAAACCAACCCAGAUAUACAGAUUUCUCCGUACCCGGAAUCUCAUAGCACCAAUAUUUUUGCACAGAACUCUCACUUACAUGUCCCACAGAAACUCCCGAACAAAUAUCAAAAGGAAAACAUUCAAAGUAGAUGACAUGUUAUCAAAAGUAGAGAAAAUGAAGGGAGAACAAGAAUCUCACAGCUUGUCUGCUCAUUUGCAACUCACAUUUACUGGGUUCUUCCAUAAAAAUGAUAAGCCAUCACAAAACUCAGAGAAUGAACAAAAUUCUGUGACCCUGGAAGUUCUGCUGGUGAAAGUUUGCCACAAGAAACGAAAGGAUGUCAGUUGUCCCAUAAGGCAGGUUCCUACAGGUAAAAAGCAGGUGCCUUUAAACCCAGACCUCAGCCAAAUCAAACCAGGCAACUUCCCCUCCCUGGCAGUCUCCAGCAACGAGUUUGAGCCAAGCAACAGCCACAUGGUGAAGUCCUACUCGCUGUUGUUCCGAGUCACUCGCCCGGGCAGGAGGGAGUUCAACGGGCUGAUCAACGGGGAGACCAACGAGAACAUCGAUGUCAAUGAGGAGCUUCCAGCUAGAAGAAAAAGAAACUCCUCAAACCGUGAAGAUGGGGAAAAGACAUUUGUAGCACAAAUGACUGUAUUUGAUAAAAACAGACGUUUGCAACUUCUGGAUGGGGAAUAUGAAGUGGCCAUGCAGGAAAUGGAAGAGUGUCCCAUUAGCAAGAAAAGAGCAACGUGGGAAACAAUCCUUGAUGGGAAGAGGUUGCCUCCAUUUGAAACAUUUUCUCAGGGACCUACACUUCAGUUUACUCUUCGUUGGACAGGAGACACAAAUGACAAGUCUACAGCUCCUAUAGCCAAGCCUCUUGCAACACGAAAUUCUGAGAGCCUCCCUCAAGAAAACAAGCCCAACUCUGUUAAACCUGCUCAGACUAUAGCUGUGAAAGAAUCCUUGCCCACAGACCUUCAGACAAGGAAAGAGAGAGAUGUUUUAAAUGAACCUCGGCAGAAGUUGCGAAUAUUUUACCAGUUCCUGUAUAACAACAACACGAGGCAGCAGACUGAGGCCAGGGACGACCUGCACUGCCCCUGGUGCACCUUGAACUGCCGCAAGCUCUACAGUUUACUCAAACACCUGAAGCUUUGCCACAGCAGAUUUAUCUUUAAUUAUGUUUAUCAUCCCAAAGGUGCUCGGAUAGACGUGUCCAUCAACGAGUGCUACGAUGGCUCGUACGCAGGGAACCCCCAGGACAUCCAUCGUCAGCCGGGCUUCGCCUUCAGCCGCAACGGGCCGGUCAAGAGAACCCCCAUCACACACAUCCUGGUUUGCAGGCCAAAGCGUACGAAAGCAAGUAUGUCGGAAUUCCUGGAGUCUGAGGAUGGGGAGGUGGAGCAGCAGAGGACCUACAGCAGUGGCCACAACCGGCUGUACUUCCACAGUGACACCUGUUUGCCCCUCCGCCCCCAGGAGAUGGAAGUGGACAGUGAGGAUGAGAAGGACCCCGAGUGGCUACGGGAGAAAACCAUCACUCAAAUUGAAGAAUUUUCUGACGUUAACGAAGGAGAGAAAGAAGUGAUGAAAUUAUGGAAUCUUCAUGUUAUGAAGCACGGGUUUAUCGCUGACAAUCAAAUGAAUCACGCCUGCAUGCUGUUUGUGGAGAACUACGGACAGAAAAUCAUCAAGAAGAACUUGUGUCGAAACUUUAUGCUCCACCUGGUCAGCAUGCAUGACUUUAACCUCAUCAGCAUCAUGUCCAUAGACAAGGCCGUGGCCAGGCUGCGGGAGAUGCAGCAGAAGCUGGAGAAGGGGGAGUCAGCGGCGCCGCCGGACGAGGAACCCCCCGAGGAGCAGAGCGGGACAGCGAACGGCUACGGCGACGGCGCCGCGCGCGACAGGGGGGCCGAGGUGGAGACCAUCUCAGGUGUCACCAAACAGAGCAAGAAACAGAAGCUCUGA